ACGGGCUGGCAACCCCGAGGCAGGAGAGGCUCUGCCCCAAGCCCCGGAAUCCCCGACCCCUCACAGUCACGCCCAAAGUCCUCCUUUUCCUUCUUAAAACUAAGCCCGCCCUGUCCAGGCGGGAAGGGGCGGGGCGCACGGCGCGGUGACGUCACCGCCCUCCGCCGCUGUGCGACGUGGCCUUCGCCCGUCAGUGCGAGUGGUAAUCAUGGAUCAGGUAAUGCAAUUCGUGGAACCCAGCCGCCAGUUUGUAAAAGACUCCAUACGACUUGUUAAAAGAUGCACCAAGCCUGACAGGAAAGAGUUCCAGAAGAUUGCCAUGGCAACAGCAAUAGGCUUUGCAAUAAUGGGAUUUAUUGGUUUCUUUGUCAAAUUGAUCCAUAUCCCCAUCAACAAUAUCAUUGUAGGUGGCUGAAUAUUCAUUAUGAAGACCAAGAUGUUUGUGACGCUUGCUCUAAGGACUUCACAGCUUUGUAACUUGUUUGCUAUUAAACAAGCUCAGUUUGAGUUUUCCAA